AUGGAAAAAAAGGUUCCUGACAUAGUUCCUGUGGACGCAUCCUACGAGGUCAAGGAGCUCUAUGUGCAAGAGAACAAGCUGGACUUGGCAAAGGCUGAUGCUGAGACUCUUCCAGCAGUGGAGAUCACUAAGGUGGACAUGCAGUGGGUUCAGGUGCUCGCUGAGGGCUGGGCCACUCCUCUGAACGGCUUCAUGAGGGAGGGAGAGUACCUACAGUGCCUGCACUUCAACUGUCUGCUUGACGGUGGGGUUAUUAACCUGUCGGUGCCGGUGGUCCUCCCGGUUUCAAGUGCCGAUAAGGAGCGCCUGGAUGGCAGCACUGCGUUUGCGCUGGCCUACUGUGGUCGGAGGGUCGCGAUACUGCGAAACCCAGAGUUCUACGAACAUCGCAAGGAAGAGCGUUGUGCCCGGCAGUGGGGCACCACAUGCAAGGAUCAUCCAUACAUCAAGAUGGUGAUGGAGAGCGGAGAUUGGUUGGUCGGUGGUGAUCUCCAGGUGCUGGAUCGGAUCUACUGGAAUGACGGGCUGGAUAGUUACAGGCUCACACCAACCGAACUUAAGCAGAAGUUUAAAGAGAUGAAUGCAGAUGCCGUCUUUGCCUUCCAACUGCGGAACCCAGUGCAUAAUGGUCAUGCGCUGCUCAUGCAGGACACGCAGCGGCGUCUAAUUGAACGUGGCUAUCGUCGACCCGUGCUUCUGCUUCACCCACUGGGCGGCUGGACCAAAGAUGAUGACGUGCCACUGGCCUGGCGCAUGAAACAGCAUGCGGCUGUCCUGGAGGAGGGACUGCUUGACCCCAACUCCACCAUAGUGGCCAUUUUCCCUUCACCAAUGAUGUACGCCGGCCCAACAGAGGUGCAGUGGCACUGUAGGGCCAGGAUGGUGGCUGGGGCCAACUUUUACAUAGUGGGCCGUGACCCUGCAGGAAUGCCUCACCCAGACACAGGUAAAGACCUCUACGAGCCCUCCCACGGGGCUAAAGUUCUCACCAUGGCCCCUGGACUCAUAUCCUUGGAAAUCGUGCCUUUCAAAGUGGCAGCCUACAAUAAAGCCAAGAAGGCCAUGGAUUUUUAUGACCCCAAAAAACACCAGGACUAUGACUUCAUCUCAGGAACCCGCAUGCGGAGGAUGGCUCGCGAGGGCCGGAACCCUCCGGAAGGCUUCAUGGCACCCAAAGCCUGGAAUGUUCUGAAGGAAUACUACCAGUCUUUGGAGAAGGCCUAAGCCGGUUUCGAGAGAGAGGCGGAAGCAAUUCUGUUACAGUGGAAGAAGGUCAAGGAGGAGGAGAAGGAGGUGAUCUUGGUUUGUAAAAAACAAAACACACACAGAAUGAUUGAACACUGGGACCACCCAAAGGACUUCUUGCACUCUUUUGGAUGUUGUUCCUCAUUAAAUCACUGUCGGUUUCAUAGUUCAGAGUCUUAUGGCAGCGUUUUAUAUGUUCGGUUAAAAAAAAAAAAAGAGCGAGUUAACUUGUGAAAGGUGCAUUUUAAGUAUUCAAUACUGUAAAGAUAGAAAACUAAAACUGUUUUAUUAGCAAAUUAUGCCAUCUCUAUUCUUGUACACUCCAUAAUCGCUGUUACAAUUGGAUGAAAGAUGACAUGUAAAUUGAAAAUUGCCCUACUUGCCUUAAAGAGCUUUUAUUGAAACAUUGAACACAUUGAACACAUGAAAGCAUUUUUCUGGCUUCAAUGCAUGCUGAGCACUAUUGACAGCAUUUAUGACAUAUUGUCAACAGAACAAAAAAAUACAUUAAAUUUUUUUUUUAAACGGCAAAAAGUCAGUAACAUCAGUAAAGCUGAUACGUUUUGCACAAUAUGUGCAAGAAUAAAGGACUUUUUGCAUAGAGAAAUAUCUAAACGAAAGACCUAAAACAGAAGACCCAUUGCAAAACUAAAUAAUGUAUUAUUAGUGC